GUCUCGUUGCUGUAAACAAUUCGCUGGCCUCUUCUGCAAUAAUCGGUGUUUGUUCAGCCAAAGGCUCGGCCUUUUUAUUGUUGGGAGGAGUAGCGGAAAAAUAAUAGUGAACUGGGCGGGCGCUGUUGGGCAGCGGCGCGGCGCGGAGUCCCCGGGGCGCGGGCGCGGUCUGGCCACCAUGAGCGGCGUCGCCACGUUCGAGGGACAGCCAGACCGCUACCGGGGCGUCGUCGUGGACGUCCUCAAGGAGACGGUGCUCCAGACCACGCACGACUUCGAGGAGCUGCUCAGAGCUUCCUUGGACAAAUGGAGCGCCGAUGGUGUUCGUGGUGUAUGGUUUCGUGUCGACAUCGGACAUUCGGAGUUCGUGCCGAUCCUAGUAAAGCAUCAGUUUGUGUACCACCACGCGAGGCGCGAGUUCGUGAUGCUGGUGCGGUGGCUGCCGCGCGAGGAGUCGGACCAGAUCCCGCCGUACGCGCACACGAUGAUCGGCGUCGGCGGCAUGGUCAUCUCGGAGGCCGACGACCAGGUGCUGGUCGUGCGUGAGAAGUACUACACACAGCCGCACUGGAAGCUGCCCGGCGGCUUCGUCGAGCCGGGGGAGGAUCUGGCGGCGGCGGCGGUGCGCGAGGUGCUGGAGGAGACGGGCGUUCGCGCCGAGUUUGACUCGCUGCUGGCGUUCCGGCACGUGCACGGCGCCGCGCACGGCUGCUCCGACCUCUACUUCAUCUGCCUGAUGCGGCCCGUCUCGCGCGACAUCAGCAUGUGCACUCGGGAGCUGGCCGCCUGCCGCUGGAUGCCGAUCGCCGAGUACGCCAGCCACGCGGACGUGCACGCGCUCAACAAGCACUUCAUCACCAAGUACCUCGAGUUCCGCGAACACCGGGCCGCCAUGCGGCUGGAGCCAAUGCACAUCCCUGGCUUCGGGCGCGUGCAGAACGUGUUCUCGCUGACGGUGGGCGGCGGCGGCACGUGACCAACGCGCCGCGUUAGCCGGCGGGCCGGGGCCCGGGGCG